AUGCGUUUAGUGGAUUCGACUGCAAUUGAUGGUCAACGAUUAGAAAAUAAUCUAGUCUCAAAUUUACCACAUCUAGAAAGAUUCAAUUGCAAUUUUUGGUUUGUUUUUCCGUCAAAUCUUUUUCCAUCUCUGCUCGAUGUUCAAAUGUAUCUUGAUAAAUUUAAGACUGAUUUCUGGAUAUCAUCACAAUGCUUUCCACCAGUCUACUGUUUUUAUAAACAAACUGAAACGGAAUCGUACAAUACUAGUUUCGUGAUGCAUUCAUUGCCACAAAUAGAAUUUUCAUAUCAUUUGUUUCCUUCUUCUGUACCUUUAAUCUACCUUUCUAACAAAGAUAAUAUGUAUCAUCUAAAAGAUGUCAGUCAAAUACGUGUUAAAGAUGAUAAUUUAUCAGCUGAAUUUGUUCAAUCUGCUAGUGAUCUCUUUCCGAACUUAAAACACAUCACAUUUUCUAAUUGCUGUAUUAUAUCUACCAAUAACAAUUGGAAUGGUACUUCGAUAAUGACGUCAGUAACAUUUAUUACGUUCAAGAAUGAUUUUCCAACUUCAGAGGUCUCGACAGCUCAACAAUAUUUGAAACUAUUAUUUCCAAAUGCAACCAUCCUUUUAUAUGCAACAGCGUAUUAG